CACAGCCCCGCCUCCCGCAGGCAGCGUAUGCCGCUGUCGUGUUAUGAAAGCUCCACUUUCACAAAUGUUGAAUAACUUCUAAUAUUUCUAAUAUUUCCCGAGGAUUGGAUUUAACGCGGGGAACCGAGAGAAUUGUUGUGUGCGUCCUGUUUUUGUGAUUGAAAAGAAAAAGCGACGGAAGGAAGACGAGGAAGAUGGCAAAGCGGGCUGGCUGCGAGAAGGCAGAUGUCGCUACAAAGAAAGUGAAGCGAGGGAUGAAGGCGAGGAGGAAAGACGCAGGCGAUGACAACACAUUAGUGGAGGAGACCCUCAAAAGGAAGGUCAACCUCAAGCCACGUUCCUCUCGAGACCAAAGAGCUGGGAAUGUCCCCUCGAGGAGCGUCAUCACUAGCAAACACUUCCAGCCUUCACCAGUUAAGAGCACGCGUCGUGACAACAAGAUGAGCUUGGCAGCCUCCUUGGCCACAAAGAAAGACCAGAAAGACGAGGAGGAGGAAGGGGAGGAUGAAAGUGAGGAAGAGGAGGAUGAUUGGGAGGAAGUGGAAGAAUUAUCCGAGCCUCUGGGGCCAACAGAACUUCCAGAACCAGUCCUGCCUUCUGAGUCUGUACUGAUAGAAAUCGAGACCCCCGAAGUCAGGAAAAAGCAGAAAAAAAAGGCCGAAUUGGAGAUGUACCUGAAGCGAAUGAUGAACCGCUACAAGAAGGACCUGCUGAUAGACACACAUAAGGUGCACCUCAUGUGUCUGCUAGCCAGCGGAAUGUUCCGCAACCGUCUGUGCUGCGAACCCGACCUGCUGGCCAUCACCCUCUCGCUGCUGCCUGCUCGCAUCACGGCUGUCACCAGAGAACGCGUGGACCAAAACUACAUCGGUGGCCUCCUCAAAUGGUUCCGAGCCACUUUCACGCUCAACCCCGGUCUUUCCUUCGAGGGGGAUUCAAACCCUCGCUCUCUGCUGGAGAGACGCCUGGCCAGCCUGUCGGCAAAGAACCACCAGGAGAUGACGCAUCUCUUCUUGUUGGUCCUCAGGUGUCUGCGAGUUUUAUGUCGCUUGGUGCUUUCUCUGCAGCCCAUUCCUCUCAAAGCUGCUGCAGCCAAGGCUAAAGGGACAGCAGCGACGUCUGAUUGUUCCGAAAAAGCCCCGCAGAGCCAGGGAGCGUCUAAGAGCAGCUCGGCUGAGGUGAAAAUCUCUCCAGGCAGUAAAAGAGUGGCUGGAGGAGGAAAGAGUGCUGGAGGCAGAGGAGGGAAAAAGGCAAAGAGGAAAGAAUUCAAGGAGGAAGAGGAGGAGAAGGAGAAGAAAGUUAGAGUGUCACAGGGCGGGCAGAGACCGAAGAACUCCAAGCGGCGCAGCAUCGCCUCAAAGGUCAGCUACAAGGAAGAGAGCCCCAGUGAGGACGAGGAGGAGCUGAGUGAUGAGGAGUUUGCAGCGUACAGUGAGGAGGAGAGUGAAGAUUCAGAGGGCGUGGAGAACUCAAAAGAGAGGAGCAGCAGCAACAAGACCAACACAACCCAGAAGAGAAGAAGCGGUGGAACGAAAGUGGAGGUGAAAGAUGAGGAAGAAGAAAGCGAAGGAGUGACAAAAACAAAGCAACGGAGCACGAAAAAGUACGCCGGCCCCGGAAAUGACGAGUGGCUGGAGGUUUUCCUGGACAAAACCUCCUCCUGGAUGUGCGUAGACGUGGAGCACGGAGUAGGCGCGCCUCACCUCUGCUCCCAGAAUGCCACGCGGCCAAUCACCUACGUGGUGUGCGUGGACGGGGACGGCUUCGUGAAGGACCUGGGACGCAAGUACGACCCCACCUGGAUGACGACGACGAGGAAGAGGCGGGUGGAGGAGGAGUGGUGGGAGGAGACUCUGCAGCCCUUCUCAAGGCCUGAAGAUGAGCGGGACAAAAAAGAGGAGAAGGAGAUGCAGAGGAACAUGCUCAGCAAGCCUCUGCCCGUCUCCAUCGGCGAGUACAAGAACCACCCGCUGUACGCCUUAAAGAGACACCUGCUCAAGUACGAAGCUGUCUAUCCUCACACCGCCGCUGUACUCGGGUACUGCAGAGGAGAGGCCGUCUACUCCAGAGAUUGUGUGCGCACGCUGCACUCCAAAGACACCUGGCUGAAAGAAGCACGGACUGUCAGAAUAGGAGAAAUACCUUACAAGAUGGUGAAGGGCUUCUCUAAUCGUUCCCGCAAGGCUCGCAUGGCGACCGAGCAGAAGGAUGAAAACGACCUGGCUCUGUUUGGAGAAUGGCAGACUGAAGAGUAUCAACCACCAUUAGCUGUGGAUGGAAAGGUUCCCCGCAACGACUACGGCAACGUGUACUUGUUUAAAGCCUGCAUGUUGCCGGUGGGCUGUGUCCACCUCAGGCUGGCCAACCUCAACCGCGUUGCCAAGAAGUUGGACCUGGACGCUGCCCCCGCCGUCACCGGCUUCGACUUCCAUGGGGGAUAUUCGCACGCGGUCACUGAUGGCUACAUAGUGUGUGAGGAGCACGAGGAGAUCCUGAGGGCCGCCUGGGUGGAAGAACAAGAGAUUCAAAAACAGAAGGAAAAAGAGAAACGAGAAAAGAGAGUUGUCUCCAACUGGACCCUGCUGGUGAAAGGCCUGCUGAUCCGAGAACGUCUUCAACAGCGUUACGGCAAGAAGGGCCUCUCUUCGACUAAAGCCGACGGGGACAAAUGCGACGGACUUUCUUCCGACGAGGACACCGUGGUGGAGGAAAAUCCCAGCAGUAAAACGGCGUCGGAGACCCUGGCUAUGUCCUGGCCCCAAAACAGACAAACGGAGGAGGAGCAAGGAGGCGUCAGCGCUUUGAAGACAAAGCGGGACAGGAGAGGGAAAGAAAAACAUUUGUUCCCUUUUGAGAAAGCAUGAAACAUUUUCACUUUGCACUUAACUCACUGGAAGCACUCCGAAAAACAAACAAGAAAAAAAACUAGUUUUAGUGACAGAGGCAACAUGGUAAUAUACACAUUUCACACAGAGGCCACAUUAAAGAGGAAACUAUUUUUGUAUGUGAAUGAAUAAAAAAAUCAUGGUGGAUGCAUGAAA